GGAGAUGUCUUGAGGCGCUUCUGUCGCUACAUGAGACCUGUGGACACGGACCUGAAGAAAUGAGGAAACAGAUUUUCAGUCUGGAUGUGCUGCAGUUUUCUGUCUUCUUACUGCAGACUCACUUUUGCUGGAGUCAGAACACACUGGUCGUUCCCUCUCAGCCAAUCAUAGCGCCCGUUGGCAGUGAUGUCACUCUGCCCUGUCAGUUGGACCCUGUUAAAGACCUCAGGGACAUGGUGGUGGAGUGGUCACGGCACAACCUGACGCCGCGUUACAUCCACAUCCGCCGGGACGGUCUGGACCUCCUCAUGGACCAGAACUCCCUGUACCUGGGCCGCACCUCUGUGUCCGAGAGCCGACUGCAGCAGGGGGACAUGUCCCUGAGUCUGAACCAAGUCAGACUCAGUGACAGGGGCACGUACAGAUGUUACAUCCCCCAGAUUGAUACCAAAGCGGAGGUCACUCUACUGGUCGUGUCCGUGGCCCCUCCCUCGAUGAGCCUGAUCAAAGAGCGCUCGGGGUCUCCCGUGCUGAGGUGUGAGUCCAGGGGCUGGUACCCGGAGCCGGAGCUGGAGUGGCUGGACUCAGAGGGGACGGUUCUGCUCAGGACUGAGGCUCAGAGAGGAGCGAGCGAGGAGCUGUUCAGUGUGAGCAGCAGACUGAGUGUGGAGCAGAGGCUCGGCAACACGUUCACCUGCAGAGUGAGACAACAGGAGAGCGGCCAGAGCAGAGAGGCCCAGCUCAGCAUCACAGGAAAGAAAUCUGACAGUAAAAGCACUGAACUUGGAGAAAAAGAAGAAAGAGAGAGUAUAAUGAAGAAAGAAGAGAUUAUAAAUCUACUGAAGCAACAAGACGAGACACAGAGACUUCACCUGAAGGAGUCUGUGCCAGAGCUCAAGGAAAAUCUGGAGAAGACUGAGACUGUGCUGCGUUAUAUCAAUGAUGUGAUCAAAACACUGACUGUGGCAAAGAAUUUCUUAAUGAAACUCAAGGAGGAUUCUCACAAAACAAUUGAUAAAAUGAACAGUUUAAUAGAUGCACAGAGAAAAAGGUGGUUUCAACAGAACACUGAAGCCCUGGAGACAGAAAAGAUGUUUUUUGUGGAAACAGUUGAACUACUUGAUAAUCAAAUAAAGACAUUAGAGGAGGUGAUUUCAGUGUCAUUACAGAGAAAAGGACAGUUUGAGGCAGAACGUCAGCAGAUGGAAAAACAGAAGAAGCGUCAGGAAACAAAGACACAGCAGGAGACAAGAGAAGAAGAAGAAAAGGUGAAUGUUCAGGUGAAUGUUCAGGUGAACGCUCAUGAUCAGCCUCAAUGA